AUGGAGGUCACCGAAUGGAGGGCGAACGGCACGAUACGAAAAGGCAGGGCGAGGCGGAUGGAGAAAGAAACCGCGAGCAGACAGCGCCUGCUGGCCAUUUCGAGACAUUCGCCAAGAACGCUAGCUACAUGGGAGGGCUUCGUGAAGGAUGGAUUGAAAAACAUUCGAACAAAGAAGAGGCGACGGGAGGAACCGGCGGAGGAUGCAGCGUAUGCAUUGCCCAUCCAGGGCUAUCACCUGGACCCAUCAACAGGCGCCUGCGGCGCCGUGGUCACGAGCGGGACGAACGUGUAUACGUACCCUAUGGCUUCGGCCUUCGCCAACGCCACACGCACCGAUGCCCGGCGAGUCUCUCAGCCCGUGAUGAAGUCGUCGAGCGGCGGCGGCCUUCCGACGGCAAUCCUGCCCACGCGGCCGUCGGGGAAGGUCCAGCGCACCGGCACGCCGAACUGGGCGAGCGCGUUGACCCAGCCUGUUCACGGCUAA